AUGGCCGAGACGUUGCUGGCUAUAUUGCUGGUUAAUUCCUCAGCAAAGGGCUCAACUCUUGUAUACCAUUGGCCCCCAGAUCCAGUUGUGCCGCCUCGCCUCCGCCGAGCACUUCCCAUGGACUUGACCGCCUCACAGUCGAUUUCGCAGAGUCAUAUCCAACAAGAAGAUAUCGAUCCUUCGUAUAGAUGGGAGAGGACGAAUUCAUCUAACCGUGACAGGUCCUUAUCUUAUACUCAUUCGCCGUCCUCGGGAAGGACUACCCCUGCACAAAAUGACAUCGAUGAACUAGAAGACCGGGAAGUUCGUAACAAGGACAAGUACGAGAAUGUAUUCGGAUACGCAUCCGAAUUUCUCGCCAGUAUACUCUGUCCAAGCACGUCAAUGUGUCACCAAAAAUUCCAGUUGACUGUGGAUGACCUGGCUUUCAUCGGCCACCCGGUCUGUGCAGACUGGGAUGGUGUCUGGAGAUUCAAUUCAGGGAGAGCGAAAACUACGAGUUCGUCUAGAGGAGGCAAUUCCCGAGAUCGCGGUGGUGCCGAGUCAGGCUCUCCCAGCCCUGCUAAUCGGAGUCUGUCGUUGGACAAGAAAAAUUCCGGCCAGGAAAUGUCGAAUUCGGCUGGGCCUUCUACAAAGUGUACUUGGCUCCACACGUUCAAUUUUGUUCUGGUCCUCGACCUGCCCGAUCCUUCUUCGUCUGCGUCUGGAAAUCUAUCUAAAUACUUUGACAUACUCUAUGAUCAAAUCGGGUUUAUUGUUGCUGCGGUGUUGUUUCAAGAGCAAGUUUUGUCAAACUUUGUUGAACAGGAAUGUGACUUGUUGGGGUCAUUAAAAGACGACUGUAUACGCAAAAGCGAGCCGUAUCCUCAGUACUUUGAACAGGCUUUAGGCAUCUCUUCCGUCGCAUCUGCUAUGAAGACUCUUUACGACGCUAUCAAAUCCUCCUCUGUAGCCUAUCUCUCCAUCCACGAUCUUCCACUAGAGCUCCAACUCCCUCCUCAUCUAGACGACCUACUUCACAACGAAGAAGAUAGCGAGCUGGACACGUCCCAUCUCGACACGAACGCAAAUUACUCGGAAGCAGAAGAGUUUUGGGGGACCGAAAUGAGCUUCGGUUGGCAGUUACCGGCCUUGGCACCCUGGAAGAGUUUACUGCUGCUGGAUGAGAUAGACAGUGAACAAGGCCAAGAGGCAUUCGCGAACUUGCGAAGCCCGUACAUAACUCCGGAAGACAGGCCAGUUGUUGAGGGCCUAAUGAGGUUUCUGGAUACAGUCAAUGUCACGCUCUCCCUCGCGGACCUUGCUAGUCUUUUGGACUGGGACCUCGAAACACAAGUGUUUCCUACCGUUCGGUGGCUUGUCCUGCACCGAAAAGCAAAGAUAGUUGACAUUAUUAAUCUUAACCUGAAAACUGUUUUUACUCUUUCUACAAAAUUCGAUCGCCCUCUGUUAGAACUGGCUGCUGAUUUUGACAAAGCAUUUCUUAGCUCUUCGAACUCCCCGUCCUCGCCAGUAUUGUCCCCGCACACAUCAUCAUCUCACCCAUCGCGUGCAUCGCAGUCGGACUUUCCCCAACAUCCUCUUCCCCUCCCCGAAAUCCUCUCAAUAAUCUCCACUUCCUCCGCCAAGCAAACAGGUGGCAACCACUUCUUCGGUUCCGUCCUCGAAUCCCGAAAAGACUUGAUUCCACUUUACCAUCAAGUCGUAUCAUGGAUGCUUAAACACGAUCUGAUUAUCGUGUUGCAUUUGAGGAUACGUGUCGUGGCAACACCGGAGGUCAAGGCGUUAGUGAAGGCUCAGAAAGGGAAUGCGAAUGCCAGAAAGGUUCAAAGACUGGACAGGAAAAAGAAGAGGAAGGAAAAGACCGACAGUGAUAGUAACAACGAGCGGAUAAUCGAAAGAGGACGAGAACGGAAACGCAGUACACCGGCGUUAACAACCUUGAAUUCAUCCUCGUUCACGACCGCGGAGUCGGGCUUGGGCUUGGAGAUAGGCGCUUCUCCCAUCUCCACACCGGAACAGAAUCAAUACGAUAAUGAUAACAAGAAAGCCUUCGCUUGGCUUUCCAUGUCUCCAAAAAGCGCACGAAAGCAUUCUCAAAAUUCCCAGCCCACUCGUGCGGUAUCGGCAACACGUUCAACGUCAACACGCGUACCGUCAAGCGACUCGGUGCACAGUAAUCACAGUGGGCAAAGCAAAUUGAGUGAGCUGAUCCUGGACGAGACUGAUGAGGACGAGGGAUGUGGACGGGAUGAGGGUCCGGAUGCAUCAGAUGGAGAUGGUCGUAGAAUGUCGCAAGAUAUAGAGGAAGAAGGGGAAGACGAUGAUGAGGCCGAUGAUGAGAAUGAAGAAGAAACGGAGGUUGAUGCGGAGACAGAUACGGGAUCUCAUAAUGUCGACGUACCAUCUAUGAUCAAAGAUCCCGGCCGCGCGACAUCGCUCCAGCGUCGUUGGUUGAACGCCAUGUCCCUAGGAAAGGAUCAGAUUCUUACACGACGAUUUGAAUUGACCAACCAGUACUUCGAUGGAAAAACUACAGACGACGAAAUAUUGUACCGAGCUGAGAUCACGAGGAAGCAGUUGAGAGAGGUUCUUCAUCAUUAUGAGGAAUUUCUGCAAACAUUUUUGCAUCCUUCCUGA